GGUUUAUUGAAAAGGGAGAAAAAUGUGAUUUUUUUUUUUUUUUUUGGGUGAAGUGGUCAAAAAGUCAAAAUUCCCAAAAUCGCAGAACACACGCUAAAACCUCUGUACUGUCUUCUCCUUCUAUCUCUAUCUCGAUCUCGCUACUUUCCCAAAGUAAUUUAUAUAUUUGUCUACGCAAGAUCUCCUGCAGUAUAGGCUAUAGAGCAGUUAGUUCCAGAAUCUUUUCUCUUCAAUUUGGUUUUAGAUCCCUGUCAGUAAACACACUGGAACUAUUUAGAGGUCUGACAAUAUGCAUGGUGGCUUUAAUGUUCCCAAUAUGUCGGGUUCACUUACAUCCAGAAAUUCAUCAAUGAAUAACGUCGCUUCUGGUGGCGUUCAACAACCAACAGGGAACAUUCCAGGGGGUAGAUUUGCAUCAAAUAAUAUCCCUAUUGCUCUCUCUCAGAUGACCCAUGGGAGCUCACAUGGUGGAUAUUCAGGAGUCACAAAUAGAGGAGGUAUGAAUGUUGUAGGAAGCCCUGGAUAUAGUAGUAACACAAAUGGUGUUGGUGGUUCUAUUCCUGGGAUUCUCCCGACUUCUGCUGCAAUUAGUAAUCGUAGUGCUGUUCCAGGCCUAGGAGUUUCGCCCGUGUUGGGAAAUUCAGGUCCUCGAGUUACUGGCUCAGUGGGAAGUAUGGUUGGCAGUGGCAACAUUGGGAGGAGUAUAGGUUCAGGUGGAGGACUAUCUGUGCCUGGUCUUGCUUCUCGCUUGAAUAUGUCGGCAAACAGUGGAUCUGGGAAUUUAGGAGUGCAAGGAUCAAAUAGAUUAACGGGAGGUGUGCUCCAACAAGCUUCUCCGCAGAUGCUUUCUAUGUUUGGAAACUCAUAUCCUUCUGCCGGGGGCCCACUUUCGCAGAACCAUGUCCAAUCAGUGAAUAGUUUAAGUUCCAUGGGAAUGUUAAGCGAUGAUAAUUCCAAUGACGCCCCUUUUACGUUAAACGACUUUCCUCAGUUAGGUAGCCGCCCUAACUCUGCUGGAGGUCCGCAAGGACAAAUAGGUUCUAUGCGAAAACAAGGCCUCGGUGUUAGUCCCAUUGUUCAGCAGAACCAGGAAUUUAGCAUCCAAAAUGAGGAUUUUCCUGCCUUACCAGGUUUCAAAGGUGGAAGUGCAGAUUAUGGGAUAGAUUUUCAGCAAAAGGAACAGAUUCAUGAUAAUGGUGUACCGAUGCAAUCUCAACACUUCUCUAUGGGAAGGUCGCCUGGAUUCAACUUAGGAGGAAUGUACUCAUCUCACCGUCCACAACAGCAGCAGCAUUCACUUUCUAGCAGCAUGCCCCCUGGCAUAAGCUUAAGGUCCAUAAACUCUCCCGGUGGGGUUUCUAAUAUGAAUACUUAUGAGCAGCAGUUUUUGCAGCAGUAUCAACAACAUAACCAGUCACAAUUUCGCCUACAACAGUUGCCAUCUCUCAAUCAGACUUUUAGAGAUCAGGGCAUAAAGCCAAUACAAUCUCCACAAGCUGCUCCAGAUCCAUAUGGAUUACUUGGCCUAUUGAGUGUGAUAAGAAUGAGCGAUCCUGAUCUGACUUCUCUUGCCCUCGGACUCGAUUUAACAACGUUGGGAUUGAAUUUGAAUUCAUCAGAAAAUCUUCACAAAACUUUUGCCUCCCCUUGGGCCGAAGAGCCAGCCAAGGGUGAACCUGAGUUCUUGAUACCUGAAUGUUAUCAUGAAAAACAACCCCCCCCUCUAAGUCAAGCUUAUUUUGCGAAGUUUCAGCUGCCAACACUGUUCUACAUCUUUUACAGCAUGCCAAGAGAUGAAGCCCAGAUAUAUGCAGCCAAUGAACUUUAUAACAGAGGUUGGUUCUAUCACAAAGACAUCCGGGUUUGGUUUAUGAGAGCUCCUAACAUGGAACCUCUUGUUAAGACGAACGCAUAUGAAAGAGGUUCUUAUGUUGCCUUUGAUCCCAAUACAUGGGAUACAACUGUUAAGGAAAAUUUCGUUAUCCAUUAUGAACUUGUUGAGAAAAGACCGACUCUUCAUCACCAAUAGAUCUUCUGGUAGAUUUCCUGCUGCAAAAAAUCUGCCUGUUGAUAAUUUAAAGGAAAAUUUUGCAUUUAAUUAAGGCAUUCUUUUAGGGCCUGAAAAAGGUGCAAAGCUAAUUUCUUCGUUCAAUUAGUUACAGAAUUGUAAAUUUCCAUUGUAUCAUUAGAUUUAAACCAGAUGAUGUUGGUAUAGUUUGAUUUCGGAUCUUUAAUAACAGAAACCUCUUGUGUUUUUCUCUUUUCAA